UGCUUGGCCCGAUCAACUCGAUGGCAUAUUGGCAUGGCGGCGUGUUAAAAAACCGGUUGUUUUGUUGACGUUUUGUACGUAGCCGACACCACACGAAUUCGGCAGGAUGAUCAAGAUUUCGGCGCUCAACGAAGAGUCAAGUGAGGAAAGCGAGGAGGAGGAUUUACCCACGAUCACGAAGGAAGCACAGGAACAAAUAGCACUAACAGAAUACAAUAAAGCCCUGGAGCUGUUGAAAGAGAACAAACAUGAGGAAGCACUGAUUGUCUUCAAAGAUCUUCUAGACACUGAACUGUUAGACGAAGUAGAAAAACCUGAAGUACCAGAUGGUAGGUCCAGACCAAUGUUAUCCUUAAAAUAUUCCUGCUUCAAGAACAUUGGUGCCAUUCAAGCAGCUUGUGAGAAUUAUGAGGAAGCUGUAGAGAAUUAUUGGGAGGCUGCAAACCUGGACGAUUCUGAUGUAACAUUAUGGCAUAGGAUUGGUACAUUAGCUAUGAAGAUUUCCAAUUUGGAAUUAGCUUGUUCGGCAUUCAAGCAAGGACUGAAAUGUAAUAUUAAUCACUGGCCAUGCUUGGACAACCUCAUAACUGCCUUAUAUGCCGUUCCUGAUUAUAUGAACUGUCUGUUAUAUAUUUCUAUGGCAUUGGAAAGAGAUCCUAAUUAUGUGAAAGGUCUAGCUUUUCGUGACAAGAUAUUUAAAGACAUUCCAUGUAUGGAAGAAUGUUACAAGCUAUACAAUAGCGACUGGCAGAUGGAUCCACCUUUGUAUACAGAAUAUGAUCAUAUAUUGGGUGACAAAUUAUUAGCAGAGGCAAAGGAAGUUUCUAGAAAGUGGGCGGAAGUUUGCAAAGCAGAGUUUACACCAAAACCUUUACCAGAAUUGAUUUUAAGAAUGCCCUUAACAAGCUGCACAUGGUUGGCUCUCGGAGAAAGUCUACUAGACAUGCAUAGAUAUAUUACUGAUAAUAAUUUGAAUUUUGUCAGUAAAAUUGUAUUAUCAGUCCAAAAACCUGAUGAUAAGAAUACAGUGAGUAAUGAACUAGAAACUGCAGAAAAUAGUGUAAGUAUAAUGGAAAUGGAUCAACAAAAUGAUUUGAUUCCGAAUGGAGAGACUGAUAUCAAAGCUAUUAAAAUUGAAACGGAAGAUUGCGAGAUAUUAGACGACAAUCAAGUUUUUAAUACAGACACAGCAAUGGAAAUUGAAAUCGAAGAGGACAAAAAAUCUUGCUCAAGCGAUGUGCAAAUAGUUGAAGACGAAGAUCCUUUAAGAAUGUCUGACACAGAUGGUUUACAAAGUGAAGAACAAACUGAAACAAAAAACAUAGAAUCGGAGGAACAGAUGCAUUCUGAAGCAGAUGCAAAUAUCGACAAAUUAGAGAGCGACAAAGUAACAGACGAUAUUUACUGCAUAGAUAAUGGAGUACCUAAUGAGAAAUCUAGUGAUAAGGAAAGUGAUAAAUCAAGUGAUAAGGUUUCUGAAAAAGGUACUGAAAAAACAAACGAUACAAUGUGUAAGGCAGACGGUAAAACUCAUUCCGAGAAAGCUGAUGGAAAAGAAGAAGGACAAAAAGUGAAGAAAAGACGUAGAAGUGCAUUAUGUUUUCUGCAACAAUGGGCCUGGAGUUGCAGCAGCAUGAGGCGAUCUGCGAGAGUAAGAGGACCAAACAGAAGAGAAGCAGAGAGGGACGAUGUUCAGUUAGAAGAAACACUUAGAAGAUUAUUUCCUAGUACUCUAUUACCCGAUACAGUAAGAUUGACUAAAGAUGAUUCUACUAAAAAUCUGGAUGAUUCCAUGGACACUAUGGAUAUGUACCAAUUAUUUGCGAAUCGAGAGAAUAAUAAGAAUGUGGAAACUCUUAAAUGCUCGGAAAGUUCUAAAUCGCCAAGUCCUGAUACAAGUCAACCACAGAAAUACUUUGGAACAGAAUCUGAAAUUGCUGAAGUGGAUGCAUUUAUAAAUAAACACAGCAGUAAAAGCAAUUUAAUGAUAAUUAUCACAAAAUUUGCAGAAUUUUUAUGUACUAAAUGGAAUCAAGAAUGGCCAAAAGGAAUGUCAGAUAUUUAUCUACAAGCAUAUGCUUUUAUGAGACAACAUAUUCCACAUUUAUCACCAUUUGAUGAAGAUGUCAAUGACAAAGUUCUAAAAUUAGAUACCGAAGCGACAUUGUUAUUUGGCGAACUUCAUACAGACAGAUGGCUAGAUAAUAAACCAGACAUCACACCAAGUCCAACAUUAGAUAAACUUAGCACUGGAAUGCCAGCAGAAGAAUUAGGACAUAUAAUAUUCGCAAGUGUUAGACAGGAUCUUCUAAAUGAAGAAAAUUUAUACACGUUACUGAGAAUUCUAUGGCUAAAAAGUAACAUUUUUCUGUGCCAAGGUGAUAUAGACGUAGUCAUAGAAACAUUAGAACUGUUGUUGAACCGUCUGCAUGAAAUGGAAAGUAAAAGCCUAAAUCCAUGUGUUAUGCUUUUAAAUUGUAAAAAUAAUUCUCAAAUUAGUACCAAACUUGUAAAGAAAAAGCUGACAUCAAUCCAAAGAGGUCAAAAAUUAGGUGAGAUUCAACAUCUGUAUGAGGAGAAAAAAUAUGCAGAAUUGGCUUGUAUAUUGCAGGAUACUUUUAAAUUUGCUAAACAGAGACACAAACUGUUGGUAAUUAAUGAAAAUAUCGUCGACAGAGUUCGACAAUUAAACAUGUUACUUGAUAGCUUGUGGCAACUUCAACAAUAUGAAGAAUGUUACGUCUGGGCAGAGGCUUGUCUGAAUGAGUCAUGGCAAAAUUACUUGAAUUCGUCUGACGAAGCCGAGCAGAAGAAAUGGACAAGUUCUGUUGUAACAGCACUUGAGAAAUUAGAAGCUUGUACGAUCGAAGCCAGUGUUUUUAUUGUAAAAUAUCUAUCGGAACCUCGUUUAUCGAGAUUGGUACAAAAUUUAGUCCACAUCGUUUGUCAUCAGUUGGAUGUACCAGAAAGUGCUGUGGAGAUGCCGUUGGAGACUGUUCUACCUUGGAUCUUGUUACAUUACAUUCUACAAUACAAAGAAGAUAAGGAAAGAGCAAAGACAGAGUCUUAUAAAAAUAAAUCGCACAGUUCUCAUAAUUCUGAAUCAGAUGACGAAGACGACGGCAUUCCACCAUCUAUCAUGAUUUUAUUUAUUGCUCAUGAAUUUAUCGGUAGACAUUCGUGGUGUUGUUUCAACGAAGCAAAACUUUUAUUUUUUAUUAUGAAUCUUAUCAUACCGCAUCUCGAAACUCCUCUGUAUAUUUCUAUUAAGAAUAGACUCACGAAAUAUUUGGAACAGAUAUUUUAUUGCCUAUAUGGUCAUCCAAAUAGGGUGAACAAAAUGCGGCCAAAGUAUCUUCAGGAUCAUGGAGUACCACAAAUGGAAUUAACCUGGGAUGGGGCGCAGCUGUUGUUUGAUUUUUAUAAACCGAAACAGCUUCCAAACUUUCAAUCCCCCAGAGUUCUUUCCAUCAGUAUGGACACAGAGAUACUGUUUAAGAGAAUAAUUAGAUUAGUUCCUCAGGAAAGUGAUCCGAAUCAAAUAGUAGACGAAAUGACGGCAUACAUAAUCGGUGCGAAAGAUAAGAUGCCGAGCGUAAUGAAACCUUUACCGCACUCGAUAUCUACCAUUUACUAUUUAUUGGGUGAUUUUUAUUUUAAAAACAAUAAGUGGGAACACGCAUGCCGGUAUUAUCUAUUAGAUUUGUGUUUAUAUCCGAAGGGAUUAAAUUCAUGGGCAGGUUUAGCUAUGGCAACGGGCAGCAUAAUUGAGAAUUGGUUGAACAGUUACAGACCUGUAGGAAAGGAUAAGUUUCUCAAUAAGGCAAAAAUGGCACAGUCAAGUUAUCAACAUGCUAUUGAGCUAGCACCUGGUCAUUCUGUAAUUUGGACAGAGUACGGGAAUUUUGUUUACGUGGUUCAUUCGUUUUGUUCGCGAUUGCUCAAACAAGAGACCGAUACGUUAAGUAUGGAGAUAUUUGAAAUUUUGGAAACUAGAAAAGAAGAGAUGCUAAAGAUUGCAGAUCAGUGUUUUGAAUCUGCUAACCGAAUAUGUCAAACUAUUGAAGAAACAUCCAUACAGCAUGAUGAAAGAUGGCUUUAUCAGUACAUGCUUGGUAAAGUUGCAGAGAAGAAAAAUCAGGAUCCUCCUAUAUUCUUAGAACAUUACGCAAAGGCUAGUGAAUUAUUGUAUGAUAAUAACGCUCAAUAUCCACGUAGAAUAAGCCAUAAGAGUCCACAAAAUCUGUCUAUAGAAGCCCUAGAAGUUCAUUACCGAAUUCAUGCGAGUAUAUUAAAAUAUUUGGAACAACACGAGGGAAAGCCACUGAAGAAAUCAUUAGGUCAAUUGUUUCAUUGGCAUCUUAAAAAUUGCUCUGAAGGGCCCUUUAUGACGUAUCAAUCUAAACUUAACGAUAAGAAAAAAGAAGAGAACGAUAUUGAGAAAAGUAUUACGAAAGAAGUCGACAGUACAGAUACGGAUAAAAAUGUAGCAGUAUGUCAACGCUCAAAUAGUAUUGAAGAGAUAGAAAUCAUAGAUAAGUCAAAUAAAAUCUCUGAUAUUAAGUCUACAGAACUAGGAAAGUCUGAAAGUCGUAAACGAUGUCCUGAUGAACUGUUACAUGACAAUACAAAGAGAAUAAAGUUAAGUAGUGUCUCACAUUUACAAUUAAUGCAGGAUGUCGUAGCCUUAAUAGAUGAUUUAAUUACCAAAGUUUGUGAUAUAGUGUCGCAAAAGGAAAAAACUAGCGACGAUAUAAUGAUUAUAUCUAGUGAUGAAAGUAAUGAAAUAAAAUUGCAAAAGAAGAAACUGGAGGACAUGAGUGCCGAUAAAACGAAAUUGCAGUCAAAAACCGAGGAGAAAAGUUCAGUAAAUAUAUUAACAGUUGAUUCUGUACGUAAGACCGAUGACGUACAGGACUUAAUGGAUGCUCUCAUGAAACAGGCAAUGGAAAUUAGUCAGGAAACUCAGCAAUCUUCAGCGGAUGAUGAGGAUACCAGAAGAUUUGAUGGCAAAUGGUUACAAAAUGAAGAUUUGCAAUCUACUGAAAAGGAAAAUAAAGAUAAAAUAGAAGAGAGGAGAAAAACACAAACCAAUGCGAAUGAAGAAAUUACUUUAAGUAGAAGGGGCUCUCAAGAAAGUACCACAACGACACAAACUACAACUACGACUACAGAAACAAAUAAUUCGAGCUCUAGUAGUAGUGAGGAAUCUAGUAGUAGCGACGAUAGUUCUGACAGCGAUAGCUCUAGCGAUAGUGAUAGUGAAUCUAUGGAUAGUGACGCGGAUAAAAAGAAGAAAGAUUCUAAUAAUGUAGAAAAUGAGGCACAGAUGCCAGAAGAAGAAGUAGCGACAUUAAUCGCAUAUUGCUUAGCUGGUUUGGAACAGUGUAUAUUAAGAUUUGCAGAACAUCAUAAGUCUUUUUAUAGACUUUCACACUUCUUCUUUAAUAAUAAAAAGGCGAAGAAUAUUGUAAAAUGUAAGGAUCUCUUAUUAGGAACAUAUACUUGUCAAUUCUAUCCUGGACAAACUUUUCAAGGACUUUUCGCCGAGAGAAGAAGUACCAACUUUUUUUAGGGUGUGUGGCACAUUCCUAUCAAUGAAAUUGACAGACCUGGAAGUUUUGCUUCACACAUGUCGAAAUGUGUGACGUUACUCAUGCAGGUGUUAAAAGAGAGUAACGAUAGUCGAAUGUUAAUGCAAUUGUGCAUACAACUUGGAAAAAUUCCAGAUUCAGACAAAAAAUACUUGCGUGAUUCUGAGAGAGAACAAUUAUCCCGACAAGCUUUGACACUUUGCCAACAGUCACUCAGAAGCAGAAUUCAAACGAUGGGCUCAGUAAAUACAAUCGACAGUGUACACCUCAUUAGAACAGACUCUAGAACACAAGUACUACUUGAUGUAUACGAAACAUAUCAACUUGUCCAGAAACAUUUUCAAGGCAAAGAAUCGACUAUACAAGCAUUUGCAACAUUAUUGACAGAUACGUAUAAGAUGUACAUAGGAAAUAAAAACUUGGAAGGAAAUGUCUUGGAGAUUGCUAUUAAGUGUUGUCAACGUCAGAUACAGGCAAACAAACUCGCAUCUAUUAAUAGUAGUAAUAGUUCCCACGUACCACCUCAAAUCGCCUCUACUAUUCCGGCACCCAUACCACAAGUGCCAGUGAAUUCAACGUCUCCGCAAACAUUGCAAAAUCGUAAACCACACAGAAAUUUGACAUCUACCGGACGUCCGAGGGGACGUCCACCAAAUGUUAAUAAAUACUUGCAACAUGCUCUGCAACAAAGUGGCAACGUAAUGAAUCAGUUCAGUUCCAAGGGUAACUUUGCGAAUUACAUGGGUGCGUCUGGACCAAAUCGUUCUCUGAUAAAUCCUUAUUUUAUGAGUCCGUUAGUUGACGCAAAUAUGUUAUCGGCUAUACUAGCCAGUGGACUAAACAGCAAUAUAAUGGAUCCUCUAGCGGCUAUGACCUAUUUAAAUCAAGUAGGAAGUUAUCAAGACAUCCUGAGACAAUAUCAAAACAACUUAUCGUCAUUGACUAAUCUUACUAGCGGCUUAAACAAUCCUGGUACCACUAUAACCAGCAUGAGCAAUGUUUCAACAAUGAGUACAUCCAACUCUAAUGUCAAUACUUCAAGUAACAUUACUAAUUUAAAUAGUCUAAAAGGUUCUUUAGAUCCUAUGACAGCGUCAGUACAACAAUUACUGAGUUUAAGUAAUUCUACAGUAUCAACCUUACGACCGACACCUAUGUACCAUCAAGCGACAACCAAGACUACCACAACUAUGUCACUGACGAAGGAUCGACCUAAUAUAUCUAUAACGCCAGUUAGCACCUCGAUGAGCCAGCAGCCUCAUCACAAAACGUCGAAGCCGCCCAACAAGCAACCGAGCUCUCAGACCGAACCAGUGUUACCCGUCCAUAUUCCUAAAUCACUUCAGAUAUCGCCUACGAAACCGGUAUUACACUCGUCGAACACGUCGGCACAAGUAUCCUUACUCAAACCAUCCAUUAUUCAACAGGUCAAGAGCAGUCCGCCUAAGCAAAUAACCGCGCCGCAGAUACGAGUCUCAAAAUCCUUAACUGAACCGCAACCCGCACACAAUCCGUCGCUAUCGCACUCGCCUUUAAAGAACAGCAGUAGUACCGUUACUACGAAUCCGACCGCAACCAUGCCACACAUCCCCCACACAUCCAUGGGUGCACCGGUGAUCAUAAAACAGCAAACAUUAUCCAUGAACUUACCGAACGUAUCACGUUCCGGUACGUCGUUACAACAUAAAUUAUUGUCGAAAAAGAACUCGCGACCUUACUCAACACAAACGAACGUUCAGAAUCAUCCUGUGAGGAAAGCAAAGUCGACAACCAAGAUGGCAACGAUGUCAGUGCCAAUGUCUGGCAAUUUCCCAAAUCUACUGAAUGCAAUGCCAUCGGCAAGUUCUGUCCCGAUGUCGCAAUCGCCUUUUAUACCUCCAGAAUUAAGCGGCAUUUCUGUGAGUCCCGUCGGUUCACAACCUGGCGGUAUUAAGACCGCGGCUGCGGCCGCGGCCGCUAAGUAUCAUAACUACAAGAAAUCCAUCAGCAAGCCAAAAUCGACUGCGACAUCAGCGAUAGAGGUGCCAAGCUCAUUACCAGCUUCAUUUACUUCCGGUUCAGUCGAGGCACUUUCAAUGUUGUCGCAAUUACAACAGCACUCUCAUCUGGAAAUAAUACCGCAACAGAAGGCGCCAUUGAAGUCGAACAUAGAUUAUAAAACUCUUUCAGCUUCCGUGAAUGUAGUGCCACCGAAAGUCCCAGAAACUUUGAGAUCGUCGACAACCGCCGAAUGUAUAUCUAUGUAUGAUUUACCUAGAGCAAAAACUGCUAACGUUUCAAACAAAAAAACACAAGAUAAACUCCUCACUGAUAACGUCGAAAUUAUAACAUUAGACGAUUAAAGUUAAAAGUAGCUCAAAUAAGUCACGGACGUUUUGCAAUUAUUUUGCAUAAUGACUUUUCAAGGAGUAUUUACAGUUGUCUACUUGAUAAUCAAUUUCUUGCACUGACAAACUGUAUUGGCGUAAUAGCG